CAGCGGCAGCGGACAGGGGGCGGGGCGUGGGGGAGCGGGCACCAUGGCUCCCGCCGCCGCCGCCGUGCCGCCGCCGCCCGAGAUCCAGUUUGCGCAGAGACUGGCCGCUAACGAGAAGCGGGUCCGGGACCGCGCCGUGAAGAAGCUGCGAGGCUAUAUCAGCGUCAGGACUCAGAGCCCGGCGGGUGGCUUCAGCCAAGAAGAACUCUUAAAAAUAUGGAAAGGGCUGUUCUACUGUAUGUGGAUGCAGGAUAAACCUCUGCUACAGGAGGAAUUAGCAGAUAAUAUUUCCCAACUUAUCCAUGUCAUUCAGAAUGUGGAGGCUCGACACCUGUUCAUUCAGACAUUUUGGCAAACCAUGAACCGUGAGUGGAAUGGAAUAGACAGGCUGCGCCUUGAUAAGUACUACAUGCUAAUCCGUAGGAUUUUGAAGCAAUCCUUUGAGGUACUGAAAAGAAAUGGAUGGGACGAGAGCCUAACUGAACCAUUCCUGGAGCUACUGAUGAAAGAAAUUAUGCACCCAGAGAGUAAUGCACCCAGUGGAAUAAGAUUCCAUUUUAUUGACAUCUAUCUGGAUGAACUGUCUAAAGUUGGAGCCAAAGAGCUUACAGCAGAUCAGAAUCUCAAAUUUAUUGAACCUUUCUGCAAAAUUGCUGCCAAGUCAAAGGACCGUCACAUGAUGCAAGCAGUAGCUCGGGGUAUCUUUGAAACCAUUGUGGAUCAGUCCCCUUUUGCCAUUGAAGAUCUAAUGAAAGAAGUGAAAACAAACGGGGGUGGUGUUGACCUAUCUGAAGAAGACGAAUUGAAAGAUGAAGAAGGGGUAAUGGCCAAAGACAAACAUUUGUCAAGAAAAUCAAUACAGGACCCUGAAGAACAGGAGGACCUUUCUGAGGAUGCUGAUGAAAACAUUGGGCCUGUUCUCCAGUUUGACUAUAAAGCUGUUGCCGACAAGCUCUUUGAAUUGGCAAGCAGAAAAAAUACCCCUGCCUGUAACAGAAAACGCCUGUACAAAUUGGUCAAAAAAUUCCAGGACCUCGCAGAAGGCAUCUUUCCACAAGAUAAUUUCCCUGAAGAUGUUUCUACAGAUGAAGAUGAUGAUACAUUCAGCAGGGGAAGACAAAAGAAGAAAGCUGUCAAAUCUGUGGAAAAAGCCAAAGAGAAGGAUGGAAAAGAAACAUCAAGUGCAGAGGGAGAAGAUGCUUUGGGACACCAGAAGAAGAGGAAGAAAAGAAAAAAGAAGAAUAGUCCAAGUGCUGACUCUGGCACAGCUGAUGGAAGUAGUGAGGGGGGCAUAAGUGAUGUACUUGAGCCCACUGAACCCAAUGAGGUCAGCAUGCCAGAAAAUAGUAAGAGGAAAAAGAAAAAGAGAGAGGCAAAUGAGAUGGACAUUGGAACAAUCAGCACUGGAGAGGACAAUGAUAGGUGUGCACAGGAUGCUGUUACUGGCAUAGUGCAGAAUAAAAAAAGACUGAGGAAAAAGGCUCCCAAAUUACUGAUGGUUCAUGGAACAUCAGUACAUGAAAAUGGAGUUAAUGCCAGUGCCCUGGAGGAUACCAGCCCCUGUGCCACUGUAACUCCCAAACUGGAGAAAAAGAAGAUGGGAGUUGUCUUAAUGAAUAGAAAUGGUUUAUCUCAGCAGGUUGUAAUGAAACCAGAAGAGGAGAGCUUGCUAAAUAACUUCACAGGCAAAGAGGACUCAGAAUCCAUAAUGCCCAAAAAGGUCAAAUUGAAGAAAAAAGCAAAGUUGGGUAGCUUGGAAGGGAUUAGGGCCUCAAACCAGAAAAAGGCAGCCCUGAGAAAGAAGAGGAAGAUAAAAGAGGUGUUAAACUCUGUGGAAACCAAUGGAGUUCUUGAGACUGCUUGCAAGAAAAGCAAAGCAAGUGACAUUGGUGGUGCUCUAUCUCCACUGAAGAAGAAGAAAGCAAAGACAGGAAAUGACUUUGUGAAAUUUGAAAAAACAACUUUACCAAAGCCAGUGUUCUUCAGGAAAGCCAAAGGCAGUAUCUCCUCUACCAGGACAUCCCUGCAGUUAAACAAGCUGCAAUCCUCCAGUUCCAAAAAAGUCACCUUUGGGUUGAAUAAGAACAUGACUACUGAAUUUAAAAAGACAGACAAGAGUAUCUUAGUGAGCCCAGAAGGACUUUCUCGGGUAGCUUUCAAUCCUGAACAAAAGCCUCCUCAUGGAGUACUGAAGUUGUCUGCAGGUACGCCGGUAGGAGUCCUUCAAACAAAGAAACAGCUUACAACAUCAGUGAAGAAGAGACCAACAGCUAUGGACUUCUUUUAAGCCAACUAGAAGUGGCCCACUUUUAUACAGGACAUUUCGCUAAAUUAAAACUUUCUCGGGGGAGGGGUAUUUUGUAACUUUUUUUAUUAAGUUGUUGCAAAUUGCAUAGUAAAGGUUUUGAUUACAGCCUGUGACACUGCAGCUUCUAAACACCUCUUCAGCUGUAUCUUGAAAUACUCGUGGCCCCUAUUACAGAAAAGGAAUGAAAUGGGCUCCCUCUCCUCAGGUUUCCAAAGGGUGUGCUCUCUCGCCCGUGUUGUCAAGAGACGCUAGAUAAAAAUUAGGGUCAUAUUUUUUGAGUUAAAAUGUGCGCUUCAAGCCAUUUGACUGUCUAUAACGCGUCAGGAUUUGAAAAACAAAUAAACAGAAGUUGUCUAUUAAUGUAUUUAAAGACUCGCUCUUGUCUCUUGUCAGGCUGAUUGAUGGCAUUCUGGCUUAUCCUUAUUCUUGCUAAUGAGCUUUUCAAUCAGCCUCUGAAAAUAAUGAAAACAGUAUCUCACUUUAAUGAACCACUGGAUUCUCAGCAGCCUUACUCAUGAUAGAAAUACAGUAGUUAUUUAGGUGAUCAUCUUUAUAAACAAAUCUGUGGCACUGGGUGGCUGCCCAGCUGCUGAUGCACACAACACAUUACCUGUAACACAAGUGCCAAAGCUGACUAUUACUUCACGAUUGCUUGUGAUGUUAUCAUUGGUUUCUCCACGUUGCCCCUUCUUUCUGCUGUACAACUGAAACAAUACUAUUGUAUUUGAGAAGUCUUGUACAUUUGAACUCCUCUUUCCCCAAGGACCUUACAAAGGUUUCAGAAAAAAUCUUUGUCUUCUGCCCUGCCUAUUGAUGUCACUAUUUGAACAGAGAUCACACUUGCAUUCAAUUAAAGAAGUUCUUACCACAUUAAAGUGAGCCUAGUACAUCUUUAUUUAGGAUACACAUCUCUCCAAAAGCCUUGGUGCCUUUCAAAACGGGGUAGAGCUUUACAGCCCAAGCCACUCAUACCUUU